AUGGACGACAGCACAAUGUACAACAAUACGCAAAAUUCGAUCCUGAACUUGGCGGGCCAAUCUUCCUCGGGAGUUUCGCCUUUGGAGCAGGAAGUCCUGGAUGAGUACGAGAAAUUGGCAAAUAACAUGAAAGAGCUCUCGUCAACCCUGGCAGACCUCUCUAAUGGGCCUGUAACACUGGAGAUAGCCGAAGGGCUUCGGCUGCUUGAGCGCAAGGUCGCCAGUGUCUACACCCUUAUGAAAGCCAGUGUCUACAGUAUCGUGCUGCAGCAGGGGCAAAUGGAAGGAGCAGAGGAAGGGGGUCUGGACAGCAACGACCAUGGUGGACCAGACCAUGGGCAGGGUUGA